GCUCAUAAAACCACAAAGUAUCCGUUAAACACACUUCUAAUCUACAAUGGGUUUGAGUUCAACUUUCGUGAGUGCCGUGUUGGUUGUGGCACUGGUGGCACCUUUGACGCCACGAUGCCACGGGUUCGGGUUAAAGGAUCUCAUUCUACCCGCCGUCACCACCCAAGUAAAAGACUUAUGGAGGAAUGGAGACGUUGAUUUGGUCGACCAUUCCUGCUCAUACAGUGUUAAGCCCGAUAUCCAGGGUUUUGAGCUCUACUUCAUCGGGUCCGUCACGUGCCCGGGCUGGACCACCAUCAGGGGAGAGUCCAACACUCGCAGCAAAUCCGGUGUUUUGAAUGCCGCUAUCAAAGACUUCAUUCAGAAGGCUCUUAAGGCAGGACUGGUCACCGAUGAAGAAGCAAAACCAUACCUCGUAUAAUGUGAUAGAGAGAGGGAGAGAGGGAUGGUGGGGGAGGGAAUCCUUUUCCUUUUUCAUCUGUUACCCCUUCAAUUUCGUUUUCUUUAUUGUGUCUAGUAUGUCUGAUUAAUUAUUACAUUUAAUAGUCUUUAUGUCUGAACUGCCACUGUGAUCUCUAUGCAAAUUUGAUGUCUUUUGUAAACUUUUGAGAAAAUAAAGUGAAUUAUAUAUGUUUUGAA